GCGCCGGCGCCGGCCGGGUGAGGAGCGGUGCGGACUGUGUGACGGGUGACGGUGACAGGUCUGAGGUGACGACCGGUCAACGGUGGUGGACCAGGUGUCACCGCCGACACGGUCCGAUGGGAAACCACCACUCGCAGUCGGCCACUGAGCUCGGUCCAGGAUGGUCCCGGACCAUCCCGAAGGAGAGGACCGCCGGUCGUCUGCUCGGCUAUGGAAAGACGCCGGCGCUCCAGCCGGCAGUGAAGGUGCUGCCCGACCGCGUGCCCGGUCAGAAGCUGCGUAUAUCAGCCAGUCUGCCGAGCGAGGGCGUGGCCGCGUCCGGUGCGCGACCUACCGGCGACCUGCAGAGGUCCGCGCCUCAGGGGCGCAGUCAGAGCAGCCUCCUCCGAGAGGAAGACGAGGAUGAGGAAAUUAUGAGGGCCCACGGCAGCGAACCCGACCUCCGUGAGGUCGGCGGACCUGUGCGGUCUCGCAGGAAGCUCGCACGCGGCCGCGUCUCUCCGGGAGGCCGCAAGAUGCGUGCGCCGCCGCCGCCCGAACUGACCCUACCGCCGCCGCCCGGUGAGCCGCCGCCACCUCUGCCGACCUGUGAACAGCCUCAGGCGCCGGCCGGGUCGUCGCGGCGCCGCCUGUUCCGUCCUAACGCCCACCGGCGCCCGGCGGGGGUGCGCCCUCCCCCAGCCAUCAGAGCAGUCUCAGAGGACCGGAGCUCGGCUGGAGGAGACGGGGAGAGCGGUGGACGGGCGAGGGCCAAGAGCGUGGACUGCCUGCAGGGAGCGCUGCGACACAGAGGGGAGAGUGUGGAAAGGGACGGCGAGGACAGGGGAAGGACCAGUAGCCUGCCGAGGAGAAGCGCUGAACGAGAGAUUCCGCAAGAAAGGUCAAAAUCAGUGAUGCAGUACCACAGUGAGCUGGAUGAAUCCCGAGCCACAAGCCGCAGUGAAGGAGCGCUUCAGGCGGUAUUCGACCGCGAGGAAAGACGACAAGCGCUACGGCAAUCGUGGAAGAAUAUGGACAGUUCUGCGCGUGACUUCAAUGACGAGGGAGGACGUGAUAAGGAUGACCACCGAAUUAAGAUUACCGUUGCUGCAAAUGAUAUUCAGGUAGGCGGUGAAGAAAACAAACCGAAGUUAGUCUUCUUCGGAAUGGAGAACGCUGCCGCCGCUCCUACAGAUAAAAUUGUGCCUCAGGAAGGUAGAAUAUCCGCCCUGACUAAAGUCAAACACAAUGAAGAAGUCAGCAUCACUGGAGCUCGGGUGAGUUACCGCAGGCCGACCGAGCACCGGAGCGGUUCGGCCAGUCGGUCCACCGCGAGCGGCGAGUCGAAUGCCGCUAAGGCGGUCAACCUGCAGCGCAUUCCCACACAGAAGCUGAAUGACUUUAUGAGCACACUGGAGCGCAGCAAGCGUCGCCAGCUGUCGGUCAGCCGAGACGAGAUCCUGACCCACUCUCCGGCUCGCAGCUACCGCUCCCAGUCGUCCGUAUUCGACUGUGAGCUGCAGCUCGGUACGGAGUCCAUCUCGAUGCACCUGCGGCCGUCGCUGCCCAAGAAGCAGCAGCAGAUGCCGCGAUUCUCGCCGCUGGCCGCCUGGAAGAGUCUCCAUCUGGACGAGACAGAGAGGAGAGAGUGGCGGGAGGAGCCGCUGACCAAGCAGCCGCUGAGGGAGCAGCUCUGUCGACACCGACCCAUCGCCCAGUCGGCCGACUCGGGAAUCGGUGGGGACGCCGGCAGCCCGCCUCCCCCACCUUCCCCGCACGCGUCAGCCGUCACGAGGGCUGAUACCACCACCAGCAGUGGAGCUGAGGUGCCCCUGGCAGCCUCCUCACCGUCACCGGCACAGCCACGCUGCUGGACGCCCGCGCAGGACCUGGAGGAAGCCAGCAGCGGAGACGACGCCUCAAUAACAGCCGCCGAGGCCAGUCAGGGCACUCUCCCGAAGCUAACAUCCCGCGGAGGCAUGUUCAGUACCCCAGAACGACCUCGGACUGGCGACGCUCGAAGCGGAACUGGUGCCACCGUCGGCGCAGCGACUGCCGAUCGGUCGUCAAAGACGAGCUCAGACCAGCCGGUUCAGUCUCCAACGGUGUCCCUCGACCAAAACUGGUUGCUAAGUCGGUCCGUUCCCAGCUCGCUGAACGCUGAUGGUGACGCAACCGACGCUCCGUCUCGCUCUGACACCGGGCGGCACGUCAUGUACCUGCCGGAGUACCACUCGAUGCGCGUGGAGCGUGGUCGCUCCAUCUCCCCCCACGGUCGAGAUGUGCCGAUCACCGGUCUGUGGGACUCGCGAGGUACCAGCGCCGACCGCGGGACACCGGACAAACCUCCUCGGAACGCUCCGUCCGCCGGCGGCCGGCGCAAGUUCGCCUUCCAGAGCACACUUCGACUCAUCGAGAAGAAGAAGCUGGAGUCACAACUGAGCCGAGAGGCGGAGGAGAAGGAGCGGCGGCGCAGGGAGGAGCAGGAGGCGAUGCAGAGGGUGGAGAGGGAGUUCCUGCAGAAGCGGCGAGGGGAGAGCCGGUCGGUGGAGCGGCACCGGCUCGGAGUCUCCCAGCUGGAGUCAGACGGGGAGCGGGCCGCCACCGCGCCAGCCGAGCCGCCUACUAGUUCUGAUGUCACCUUCUCCGGAUCGGACAGCGACCGUGGCUUUAGCUCGCACAAGGAGUCGGCGCAGUCGAGUCCGCGCAGUGUGGGCGGCGUGCCGCUGCCGCAGUUUCAGCUGCCGGCGGGCGGAGCGCCGGGCCGCGCGGACCCCUACUGGGACGACUCUGAGCCGCCCGAGUGUCCCCCGCCCGACUACAACAGCCUUCCGCCGCUGCUCGACCAGCACCCCAUCUCACUGCCGCCCCCAGAACAGCCGCUACCGCCGCCGGCAGAGAGGGUAACCAAACCGUCCAAAUCAGACCGGCCGCGUCUGCUCUCCGGGGUUCGAAACUGGCUGCGGGGACGGCGGGACGGGGCGAACAUGGCCCGUGUGCGCCGAGAGGAGCCAGAGGGCCAGGCCGAGUCCAGUCCGGACCGACAGCUCGGGCCCAGCAGGGAUACGACCGAGUCGCCGCGCUGGGGGCACGACGCCGGCGGCAGACAGCGCCUGCACAAAUCGGCCGAACGACUGGCGAGCAGUUCGACCGAGUGUAGCGGCGACCGGCCAUCGGCCGUCUCGCCUUCCGACUCUGCGGGACGCCACCCGAGCAGUGGCUACGACUCAUCACCUAGUCUGGGGCCGCCCAAACGGUCCGCUGGCGCGGCCAAACGGCUCACACACGAGCUGGCGGAUCGCCACCAGGAGAGGAGGGAGUACCGCGACUACAGGAGUCCCGUGACGCGGUACCGGUACAGGACCAGGAGCCCGGCCACGCCGGACGGGAUCAGCCCCAGUCGACAGAGCGGUCGUAAGACGCCGACUUCAGUGUACAGCGAGCCGCAAAACAAGGCCAACAGGCGGCCCAGGUCACCCGCAGGUCCAGUCGAGUCACAACGCGAGGUGAACCCCUCGCAUCCCGUGAUCUCGCACGGAAACUACCGGAGGGCGUUCGCCCGUGGGUCUGCCGGUCCGCCGCCUCCCGGUCCGCCGGAGAGGAACUGUAGGACACCCACCAGUCUGAUCGGGGCAGAGAGCUCCAGGGCAGCCAGGUUCGGGCCGCGACUGCAGAACUUCCAGCGGAGUCGCUCGCACCACGAGCUCCACUUCCGCGGCUCGCUGGCUCCGGCCGCCCCGUCGCACCGAUACGCCGUGUCCCGGGGCCGCAGCGAGGAACGAUUGGACGCCGGAGGCUGGCCCGUCCCGCCGCCCCCCGCCCGGCCGCCGCCGCACCAUCUGAUGCACCCCAGGGGUUACGUGCCGCGCUACAUCAACAACAGCCCAGCCCGGUACGCUCACGGAGUGGAGCACAGUCUGCUGAACCCCGGCCACAGGCCGCUGGCGCUGCUGCCGCCCCGGCCGGCCUCAGCCUUCCAGGCCUGAGCAUGCAGGGGCGCCAGCCCCGGCAGUCCAAGUCAUCCAAGCUCAAUUCCAGAAAGCCAGAGUCUGCACCGAGAGGAGCUAGCCUGAGCUGGGGUGGUCUUCAACCUACGCUUGGAGUGCGAUUGAGCAGCUGAGCUGCAGCCGAGUCGAGUCGGGGUGGUACGGUACGGAAUGCAUGGACCACGGAUGGUAGUUGAAUGGUUGUGCGAGUUGAACAGGGGCUGAGGCAGCAGUGUUGAGAUCAUCUGGUCACCAGUGUAGGUGUAAUCGCGUUGUUACAGAACAGACGCAAUAUUUAUGUGUCCAUUGAACCCGAGAUACUGCGAUCCGGCAGCUCAUCCUACAGUGGCGACAUCUACCACAAUCUGUAACGGAUCGCAGGUGCCACCUGGCGGCAGCAGUGGGGAGCAUUUAGAUGCCACCGGCCUCAGUCUGAGACUGACUGACAUGGAAAUGAUUGGGUUGGUUGACGUUGGUUUUGUGCAAGAUAGAUGCAGUCAGCUGCGUGAUACGAUUUCCAUGUGGUGCUAGGAUAAUGUGUGUCCAAGUGAUGGCUAAUGGUAUAGCGAUGACACACUGUUUUUGUACUUUGUAAGGAGUUACUCGCUCCUAUACGCCGAUGUAGGUGCCGAGUGCUCACUGUUAGACUGCACUGGGCGUUUGUUUUUGGUAAAAUUAUAAACAUUGUUUGCUGCAUUGCCAGAGUUACGUCGCAUGCUCGGGGAACAUUAAGUGUAUGCCAGCUUUCCACUGUUUCGCACGAUGAUGGGUACUAACUUUUUUACUAUAAAUAUUUUAAGUGCUUUCAGAGUGGCCGCAAAUGCUUGAGUCGUGUACUUUAUCAAGGCACAAUGCGUACCCAGCAUGUUAAUAAAGUUUCGUGCAAUGCUAGCAGCUGGUUGAAAAUGAAAUGUCACGCUCGUUGUUAAUAACCCAAAAUGUAAAUAGUUUGGAUACGAGAGGUCCUAUAGGCGAAUUUUGCUGUCACAUAGGCCCAAUGCAAAAUACAAGUAUUUAACAAUAAGGAA